CGUAACUUCCUUCUUAAUUGACAUUUUCCAUACCACCUUGCCUCAUCUAACUACAUAAUAUCACGAAAGAACACCGUGUACCCAUCAAACAAUGGCCGAUGCAGUCUUUGCCUCCGACGGCAUCUGGGAUACAUACUCUUCAAAAAAUCAACAAGAUCGGAAAACCUGGCGCUCCAUUGCCGCCCAGCUUGGCCGACAACUCCUCGCCACCCCAACGCAUUUAUCCCGAGUUUUAUACAUUCCCCACCACGAUGAACAAACAGCUGACCUGAGUUUGUAUGAUGUCAGCGAUUCAUAUGCUCGUACGGUGGCCGACGUUCCAAUGGGUUCGAGCAUGUAUACAGUAAAGUUGGGAAUGAUGAAGGUACCGAAAGGUGAGGUGGACACUGAUGGUCUUGUUUACAAGGCAGGAUUCGAUGGGGAUAAGGGGUUUGUACAGGGGAUGGACAGCAGUGCUGCUGAGAUUAAAGUGAAUAUCAAGUCUAUGAGUGAAAAAGAAGCUAGCAUGUUUAUGCUCGAGAAUCAAAACACUAUCACUAGCAGUGGGGUUGCAAACGUUACCGUACUAGAGCAAUUAGAAAAAACGCCAAUACCAAUGAAUAUGACAUAUCCAAUCCCACCGUCCAAAACGCGUUACGGGGAAAUUAAACAUCCGUACUUCGAUUUCGAAAUACCAAGCCAAACUGAAACAGGAGAAACAUCAACGAUAGAAUUUGAAUGGCAGAUUCACCCCGUCGAGAACGGGAGCUUGCGGUAUACGCUUAUCCGCAUUCCGGCAACAUUAGAUACAAAGCCUAGUAUCGAAGCUAUAUAUCAUCACAAAGGAGUAGCUACUUCUUUGUCACUACCAUAUAGUGAGGGCGUCCUUUUCUUACGCCCUACCUCUUCUGUCAAUCCCAGUAUGGAUAUUUUGGUGGUGGGAAGCGUAUUGGGAAUGCUUUGGCGGCUGCGAGAGUUGAACGGAGAUGGGAAAAAAAGUCGAUUUGCAGGGCUUAAGAGCUUGAUGAAAGGAAAGUGAUAAAACCGGCUGCAGUUGAACUAACGGUAGUCGGAUACGCCUGAACCCUGCAGGGUAUGUCAAAUCUUGCAAUGUUACCAGACCGGCAUGAAGAAGAAAUAUUUUCUCUUUUCUAAUUUGAGACACGGCAUUUUGUAUGCAGACUUCCAUAACAUAUUUGUUUUGACCAUCGCAAGGGAAAUUAUGGCUAGUUCUAAGGAAAAUAAAUAGCUGCGUUCAUUGUAUCUUCCUGUAUUAGUAUUACAUGCAUAGUAGC